ACGGCCGGUGGGGCUGUGCGGCCAGGCGCACAGCCCCAUGGCCGGCCGUACCGUACCGUGCACCGUGGCGAUGGCCGGUGGGGAUGUGCGGCCAGGCGCGGCACACUGCCCGGGCACCGGCCGUGCACUGUUUUUCGCACAUUUUCCCAUCGGGACCGAGCUGGUUACGGACCGAGUUGGUCACGGACCGAGUUGGUCACGGACCGAGUUGGUCACGGACCGAGUCGGUCACGGACCGAGUUGACUCGGACCGAGUUGGUCACGGACCGAGUUGACCGGCACGCAAUUGGAGGCGGACUUUUCCAAAAUGGAGUUGCCCACAACUGUGAUAAAAAGAAACUGUGACGGAAAAUUAACAAAUUUCGGCACAUUGGGGGAGGUAAGCAGCAGUAGUAACACGAAUAAAGCAGUGCAUCACUGGGGGGAGUUUGUACACAUGCAGUGUCCAACAAAGUCAAUGCAUAUGGUUGAUAUGGACUUAGGUACUCUAACUCCUAAAUCUCUUGAAUUGGAAGGACCUCAUUUGCACCAGCCAACUGCACAUCAUGAUACACUUCCUCAUAAAUCCUUGCCAGCUGAGCUGUGCCGUCCUGAUGCCAUCAGCAUUCACACCAUUCAGUUGAUGAAGCACAACCGCCGCAUCCGGACAAUUAUUGCCGCUUCUCAGCAGCUGCAAACAGAAAGCAAUGUACAUAAAGGAGAAGACCGAGGUGCAAGACCAAGAUUGCAGUCAUUACCAGCGACACCUCUUAUGCUGGUUCCAACUAAGAGGACCUGGGCUUCUAGCAGCGACAACAUGGGCCAGUUAGAGCAGCAUGAUGAAAAACUGAGCAGGCGAGCCGUGGCUACAAUAUGUGCACAUGCGGGCUAUGAAAUGAGCCAAGAAUCAGCCACAGAAACCCUGACUGAUGUUCUUCAUGAGUAUUUGACUAAGGUGUGCAAGUUGCUAAGGGGGGCUGUGGACAAGGAGGCACUGACAAGCUGCACUGGAUUCCAGGAUGUCUUGUCGCAAGUCCUGCAAGAGAUUGGCAUAGGUGACACAGAGACACUCUUCAAAUUCUGGAAAGCUGGGAUUAAGGACUACCAUGCCUUCAUACAGAAGAGAAAUUCUCAACUCAGGGAGCAGUAUGACAAACUAAGGAAUCCAGGUGAUGCAAUAGUGUCCAGCGAUUCCAAGUCUCCUAGAUUCAAAGAAGAGCCAUUCAUAGACAUCCAGUUUCCAGACAACGAGCAAGAUUCAGAGAUCAUUUCUGAUGUGCCAGAACAGCCAAAUCAGCCAUUGAAUUUACAUAGUCUCAAUGCUAUGGAACUAGAGGACCAGAGCCGUGCGACAAGUGGCAUGACUGAAGAGGGUAAUCACUGGUAUCCAUCAGCAUACAUCAAGACAGAACCAGGGACUGAGGCAGGAUCAAGGGAAGGGGACGGUCAGGCAAAAGAACUUCAAGAGCACUCUAAUGAUGAGGCAGAAGAAGUGAUUGGCCCCAGCCAUUCUAGUACAUCGCCUGUUGUUGACGUGGACGUCACAUCACCACAAGCUCAUACUGGUCAUGAGAUGACCCUCAUGAAUCCUAGGAAGAAGAGGAAGAAAUGAAAUGUAUGGAUGUGAUCAUCAUCUACAGACUGUUCUUAAUCAUAGACAAUUGACCAGUGAUGUACUCCAUGCGAGUGUCCUGAGCAUCGUUCUGGAAAUGAAUUCAGCAUGGCCUCCAGCCUGCAGCAUUUUCUAUUGCACACAAACACACAUCAUCGUGAAUCAUGAUAGAUAAUAAUCAUAAUAAGUUCAUUUUAAGUUUACUUACAUGUAAAAAUGUUAUUCAUAAAUGCCUGAGACAGUUUGCUCAUUCCUCUUGGUCGAGAGCCCAUCACAUGGGUAGUCUUAAACCGCUGUUUAAACACCAGUAAGCAGCGUUUGAGGCUGGUCAUUAACAGUGUAUGAGGCUCUGCGCCACAUAUGCAGUGUGCGUACCAUGUACGCCAGCUACAACAGAGUGAACCAGUGAGUACGCCGUGCACGAUGCACACCAUAGAAGUGGCCUAAACAUGGACUAAGUUCGUUGUACUUUUCCACAUUUUAUGACUUUUAAUUAAAAAGGUAUGUAUGAAUGGGAAUAAUAGUGUGAUGAAGCAUUUAUAAACAUGAUGUUCAAUAAAAGCCAAUAUCGGCAGCCAGUCAUGUACAUUUUUUGUAACUGCUUAGUUACAAUGCAUUGCGAGUCAAGGUUUUUUUAAGUAAUUAAAUGUUGAGACAACAUUUUACAAGUAUUACCGUUCUUAUACUUGUCUGAAAAAAAUAAAGAUUUACUAAAAAGAGCCCAUUUGUAACGGCUGUCCAUGGACUGUAAUUUCAGUACCCCUAAAAGACUAGUUCCUGGCAAAGCCUCAUUAUCAAUAUAGUUUGCACUGCACACUAAAUCGGCCUUCUGAACAAUCAGUGCAAGGGUGGUUAUGACAGCGCAUCAUUGAUAGUUUAAAGGGAAUAUUGUAGCGGAAAGUGUAGGGACUUAUAGCUAGUUUAUUUACAACGUCAUCCCUAUUGCACUAACGUAAAUUCACUGUGUGUUGGUGACUGGGCGGAGCAUAAGAGCCCAGUGGCUGAAUGCGCGUACGCUAUUGGUUGCCUAAGGCCCAUAGGUUUAGUACAUGCAUAUGUGUUUGUACGGACUGCAUGUUCACUUGAGGGCUAUUCACGUGAUCGCGCGGAGGAGUUGUGCUGUGGACAGCGGACGGUAAGGUCGUAUAUUGCUCGCGCUCUGUGUUUGGGUAAUGCUGACGCGCACUGUGUAAAUUGCGCUGGUCCUUACGGUGCUGAAGUUGCGCUGUGUGAGGCUGACGCGCAGCCGUACAAGGGAAUGUACUGUACGAUACUGACGCUAGCUUGCAUGGGUAAAGCGUAAAUCAGGUUAAGGCUGACAGCGUAUAUUACUUACAUUGGCGUGCAUUACUUACACUUGCGUGUGUUAUUUACAUUGACGUGCACUACUUACAUUGGCUUGUGUUAUUUACAGUGGCGUACGUUACUUACAUUGGUGUGUGUUGUUUACUUAGUGUACGUUGUUGACUUCGUGUACAUUGUUUACUUAGUGUACAUGGUUUACUUAGUGUACGUUGUUGACUUGGUGUACAUUGUUUACUUAGUGUACAUUGUUUACUUAGUGUAUAUUGUUGACUUACCAGUGCAUUGUUUACAUUAGUGCACCUUGUUGACUUACCAGUGCAUUGUUUACAUUGGGCGCAUUGCUCAAGCUGUGCGCAUUAAUUGCUGCUUAGGUGAGCUGUUAGCUGACUUGCAUCUGUAUUUAAGGGACCCUGAUAAUUAACCACCUCAUUAAGACUCAAUCACUACUGCCUAUUUCUUGAUUAUUGUAUAAUAAAUUACGUUCAUAUUUGUUGUGCCGACAA